AUGGCGCAUUUUCGAGAGCAACGACUCAAGGUCGUCCUUGAAGGCGAGUCCACAGAUGGCGAAGAAUCUGAAGCGGAUCGCGAGUCCCGUGGCGUGGGACUACUGGCCACGCUGGGCUCGAGCUUCAACAACUACUUCCAGAGCGUCCACGACAAGCGCCAUACCACAUCCGAUCACACGCUGUCGCAGCUGCCGCCCUUGGACCACAAAAUCUUCCUGGAAAUAUCCUCAAAAACUCACCAGAUCCUGCGAACCGAGCGCGAGCGACUCGGACAGCUCCAUUUCGAGCUGUUUCCACAGUGGUACUUUGAGCUGGCCUCGGGAUUCAACCUGCUGUUUUAUGGAUACGGGUCCAAGAAGAAGCUUCUGACUGCGUUUGUGGGCCGGUACUUGUCGGACAUGCAUCAGAUCGUCGUGAACGGGUAUUUUCCGUCGAUCAACAUCAAGGAGAUCAUGACCCUGAUACUCGACUCGAUUGUGGUGCACAAGGGGCCCUGCGGAACCUUGGUCGACCAGGCCCAGCUCAUCCUCAGCUACUUUUCAGAUCCCAAGCGCAAGCACAAGUCCAUCUGCAUUGUCGUCCACAACAUCGAUGGCGACUCGCUGCGGAACGCCAAUGCACAAACGGUGCUGGCAAUGCUGGCAGGCCAUCCACAGAUCCAUUUGAUUGCCUCGAUCGACCACAUCAACGCCCCACUGCUCUGGGACACGGACAAGCUGAGCCGGUUCAACUGGAUCUGGCAUGACGCCACGACGUUCGAGCCUCUGACGAUCGAGACGAGCUAUGAGGGCUCUUGCCUGCGCAUGCUGACGACCAUGGGCCAGUCCGAAGGCACGAGUCUUCGUGGCUGCCAGUACAUCCUCAAGAGCUGCACAGUCAAUGCCCGCAAGAUGUUCAAGCUGCUGGCCCACAACGACGGUCGAGGCGCUGGUGAUCCUGACGACCAUGACGAUACCGGCCGGAACGGCGCCGGUGUGGGUUCGAAAGAGAAGGUGGGCAUGACUCGCAAGGCCUUCUACCAAAAAUGCAAGGAACACUUCCUAGUCAGCAACGACAUCACCUUCAAGACACAGCUGCGCGAGUUCCUGGACCACGAGCUGAUUGUCGAGACGGGCUCGGGAACAGGCGCGGUCGGGGAUAUCGUGUACAUUCCCAUGAACGUAGAACUGCUGAAAACGGUUGUGGCGGACAUGGAGUAG